CGAAACGGCAGAUGACGACGCAAAUAAGAUAUCGGGCGAUACAACCACCGUACUGAAGGUUGACGCGCAGCGCGUGUUGACGAACGAGCCGACUCUAAAAUGCGGGCGUUGCGGAAGUAAGAAGCACAACAGCCACGCAUGCCGCUGGGCCAAGAGCAGGUGCUAUCACUGUGGUAGGCCGGGUCAUCUUGCGAAAAUAUGCUCGAGCGACGCUCCGAGGAAACGCGAAACGGCGUCGACACAAGGCAUGCGGGGACGAGCACUGGCGAUGGCGGAAGACUGUGCGGAGGGGAACGUAGACGAAGCGAUGCACCUCUGGACUUUGACUUCUUCUCGAAAGUGGCAAUUAGAGCCCCCAAUUCACAGGACAUUCACGUGGUGCGGUGUCGACAUGCCAAUGCUGAUAGACACGGGGUCGCCCGUCUGUGUUGUGCCCCGCGAAAUUUAUGAAAAGAACUGGGAGAGAUGGCCGCCAUUGCAACCUUCAGGUGUCAAGCUGUCCUGUUAUCUUGGCAAGCUCCCCGUCCUAGGACAAUUGGACAUGAAGGUAGCCUACAAGGGUGCCGUAGUAGAGUGCCCCCUAAUUGUAUUGAAUUGCCCCGGUCCUAGUCUAUGCGGGCGGGAUCUACUGUUUCAGCUGAGCAACGCAGGGUCACCUAUUCUUCACAUGACUGCGGAAGCCGGAUCGCCAACGAGUCUCCCGGCCGCGGACGACAUCGCCAACGAGUUUCAAGACGUCUUCAGUGCGGAACUCGGCUGCAUCAGCGGUCCCCCUGUACACCUUCAACUCAAGGAGGGAGCUACACCAAAGUUCUAUCAUCAGCCGCUCCUGGGCCUGCUGAAAGCGGACAAGCCUACGCCGGCGUUGGCCGCAGCCCGAAUACAGCGCUGGGCUCUCUACCUCGGUGGAUUUCGCUACAAACUUCAGUAUUCGCCCGGGUCAACCCAGGAGACGGAAGAGUGGACACUGCCGCCCGACACAGCCGUGUACGCCCGUAACUACGGCCAGGGGGAGAAAUGGACACCAGGGAAAGUGCAGUCCACUACAUUGUCACGCAUGGUCACCAUACAAACGCCUACUGGGGUGGUUCGACGUCACAUAGACCAAGUGCGUUCCAGGCCGAGCCCGGCAUCCGCUCGGAGCGGCGUUCGAGACCAAGACGAGGGGAGCCCUUCGGCUGCAGCUGCGCCCGCACCGACCGACAACGAAGGCGAUUUGAACGAGCAGCCUACAGACCAGGUGGCGCCGGCACAAGCGUCACCGCCUAUCCAGAAGGCGCAGAAACCCCCUCAAGCUUUGCGACGAUCUACUCGGGAAAGGAAGCCUGUACAGCGUCUUCAAUACUAAGGGAGGAGAAAUGUUGUAAAUCAUCUUGAUAUGCUAUCUCCCGCCGCCUGAGCCAG